AUGACCAAUCCCCGUCCGAGCGCGACGUCCGCGCCGUUCCUCGACUCGUUGAUUCCAAACGAUACCGUGCUCGUGAGCCAGAACGGGAUUCUCCUCGGUGUGCAAAACACGCAAGGCCGACGGCUGACACUUCGAUUCGACCCCGCGGGCAAUGCAGAGUACAAAGAAGUCAGCCGCAUGGACGUGCUGAGGCUCAUUCAAACCGCUGCGCAACACGUUGGGAUCGGUGCACAAAGUGACGCCCCUCCGUCGCCUAGAACAGUGACAGCGACUGCAUCCACCGACCGGCGGCCGUCAAGAUCGCGAACGCGGGCGCGCUUCAUCGUGGAUGCUGCCGUUGAAAUCCCUGCCGUGCACAUGCGCGAUAUUCGCAAGUUGGACAACGUGUUUUCGUCGUCAAAUGAGCCGUCCAUCACGGUGCGGCGGCAAGCCAUCCUCGUCAACUGCGACCCAGUGCGCGCUGUCAUCAUGCGCGACAGCUGCUUGGUAUUUCUUCCAGAUGGGGCCGACAGCUUGAUCAGCCACCUGAAAAACAACUUCAAGCAGCACGUUGGCGAGGCCGCAGCGUUCGAGUUUGCCGCAUUGGAAGCGAUCUUGUCUACGAUCUGCCGGGUGUUUGCAAUGGAAUGUGAAAAGGUCAUUCCACUCGGGCGGUCGGCGCUGGACAAGAUGACCAAGGACGAGUCCAUGAUAGCAGAGCUCGAGAGCUUGCGAUCGAUCAAGAACGCCAUGAGUUCGCUCGAAGCGCAGCUCGGAGGCAUGCGCCGCCUCCUCAUGUCGCUUUUGGAAAACGAAGAAGAUCUGCACAUGAUGUACUUGACAAAGGUGUGCGUCGUUGUCGCCUCCACCAUGCGAUUCUCGCAUUGUCAUUCGGUGGCUGUAGCUCGCCUGCGAUCCCCAACUCGUGCACGACUUGUUUAGCUACGACACUGAAGAUGUCGAGUCGUUCUUGGAAGUGUACCUGCAAGUACGUCGCUCGUGUGUUGUUCGGGCGCCCGUUCGUCGUG